UUUGUUACAGAUAACUGUCUCUUUUCACUCAGUUAAUCUAUCAAAAGGAAUUGAUUAUGUUAGAAGGGACAAACAGGGAAAUGGCAGUGUUUGACUAUCCGUGGCAGUAUAAAUUCCCUCCGUUCUUUACCAUUCAGCCCAAUCAGGAAACACGGAAGAAACAGCUGGAAGCAUGGUGUAGCCUUAUCUUAAGUUACCAUCGCCACAUCAAAAACUACAGUCUAGAUGUCACAGAGGCACAGAGUUCCCCACUCUUCUAUAACAAGUCCAUUGACAGGAAGCUUUCCACAGAUGGUAUUUACACAGUGUUAGAUGAACUCAAUAAAAGAGGUCAUAUAGAAUGGAAAGACAAAGCAAGGAAGCAGUGUCUAAUAAUGUGGAGGACUCCAGAGGAGUGGGGAAAACUUAUCUAUAGAUGGAUAUGUGACCGAAGUAUGACAAAUACAGUGUGCACCUUUUAUGAAAUAAGUGAGGGUGAUGAUAGCUCAUCAGAAGAGUUCCAUGGUUUAGAGAACUGGUUGCUACUACGGGCACUCAAGACCCUACAAAGUCAAGGCAAAGCAGAGCUUAUUGAUGGGAGUGAGGGGGUCAAGUUCUUUUAGAGCUGGCCUGACUGGAGCUCCACAUCAGCACAACAUUCUUCAAGCAAUGUUAAAAUGAACAUAGAUGUCAGGCUAUGUUCCCAUCUGCACAAGUCGACAGUUCGGACAUGGCCACUCAUUGACCUAUAUACAAGUACAUUUUCCAAGUGAUCCCAUUGGUGUUGAGCUGUGGUAAAGUUGUCCUGCUUGUGAUAUAGCAAACAGUUGUAGGUAGCAAGUGGUGUUUAAUAUCAAGUCACGCUUCAACAGGUUGUACUGAUACAGACUGUACUGUGGCUCCGUUACAGCUGGAUGUGGGGAUGAAGGAUGCUUCAUAACAUCAGGCAUGCCAAUGACAUCUUUGCAUUCUAUUGAAUGCUCUGAGACCUAGCACAUCAUAUGACUGUUUCAAAGCAGUACAGUAUGAUAAACCCAUUCUAUAUUGUCUGUGUAACGUGAACACUGCACCAACAAAUCAUUUGUCCAUUUGUCCUGUUCCAUCACUCUCAAAUGUUGAGACAUUUGUCAGUAUAUUUCACCAAUGAUUUUACUUCCUAUCAGUUUUGAAGAUAGGUAAUCAUUUGCUGUCCAUCAGUUUGACAUGUGCUACAGUCAUGCAAGGUGAAACCAACUCCAGCGAUCAAGUCCUUGCUUUGUCCAGAGACCACAUAAGAUGUAGAUGAGGGUAAUGGCAACAACAACAAAAUCUAAAACAAUGGGAUGUAUCACUGAAUUGGGAAAACAUGAAAGUGAAAAUGUAACAAAGACGUUGAAUUCUUCUGAUGUAGACUAAUGACCAGUAUAGUGAAGAGUUGUGCUUUGGUAGCGCUAUAGUGCUGAACACUCUUCAACUGUAGGUACAGAUAUACGGCAAGAGUUACCUCCCCAGCAACCAUAUGGGCUUGCUGAGAAACAGGUGAUAAUGAUGUUGUGUUACUUAAUCCAGGAUCCCCCUGUCCAGGGAAUAUAGUACUUAAACAUGUUUAGGUGAUAGGUAGUGAGGAAAAGCCCCAAGUUGCUUAUUGUUGUGUUGUUCCUGUUACCUGCUGUUGUUUCAGUGUUGCCUAUAACACAGCUAAAUAUCUCCCAGAUUGCAUGUAUUACACCUGCUGUACACUCUCUGUCAUAUAUACCUGUACUGUUGGUGCUCUGUCAUGAUGACUAUAUGUCGUUUGACAGGUCUCUUUGUGUAUGUGUAUUGGGUUAAGAUUAUUUCUGCACCACAACAUUCAACCAGUGGAUUAUUUAUAACACAUGUCCUCAAAACGCUAUGGUUAUGUUUCACAUAUUCAGUUCACGAGGCAAAGCAAGAGAAGGACAUUGUGUUGCUUGGCAAUGUGUUUGUUGAAACUUUUAUCAAAAUGGAACAUGUUCAUAUGUAUUUGAAGCCAUUACUGAAGUAACACAACUAAAAUGCAUCUAUGCAUGUUUGUGAGAAUUGUGACACUUGGUUCUGUUUGAACUAUGUUCAAUUGCUGUUAUUGUUCACACACACUUGUCAGAAUACUAGAAUGUUAACAAUGUUGGCAUUCAUAUGAUCUUGAGAAAGGUACAAGUAUAUUUUAAGAGAUGUAUGAAAUGAACUAUUGCAAUAAAGGUUUAAUUCAAACAAAA